AUGGCGGACGCCGCCUUGGCCCCUGUUGGAGCGCUGAAGACCCUGCAGCCACAACUUGGAAUCAAAGCGAUCCUCAAAGCGAUCCUUAUGUGCUUUUACCACUGUGUGGCGUGCGUCAACAAGCGGCUUGGCGUGGUUCCGACAAGUGUAAAGGCCCUCGUCGCCCGCUACUUGUUUAAAGUGCACUUCAGCAGAAGUGUUGGCGAGUGUCAUCUGCACUGGAACGAGGCUAAGGUGGCGUGGACAGCUUGUGAUGCCCUCGAAGGCAAAGGUUUCGUUCGCUACUUUGAAGGGCAGUGGGUGAACGGGGAAUACUGUAAUUGGCAGGUGUACCAUACUCCAGACGGAUUCCCCAACGAACAACCCAUGUGA